AUGGCUCCAGUGCUGCCCCAGCACCGCCCAGGCUUUUCCUGCCAAUCACCCCAUCAGACACCGAAGCGCUCCACCAGUCUCCCCCCCAGCUCCGCCCGCGCCCGGCCCCACCUCAUAACCAGCCCACCAGUCCCAAUCUGCUCAGACCCGUCUCGGCCCCCAACCACCCCACCAGUCCCGCCCAGCUCCGCCCCGGCCACGCCUCCCAACCACUCCACCAGUCCGGCCCCAGCACCGCCCCGGCUACGCCUCCCAACCACUGCACCAGUCCUGACUUGCUCUGCCCCGGCCACGCCUCCCAACCGUUCCACCAGUCCAGCCUCGCUCCGCCACGCCCCUACCUCCCAAGCGCCCCCACCAAAUCCGCCCAGCCCCGCCCCGGCUCCGCCUCCCACCUGUCCACCGAGCAUUUCCCUAACUCCGCCUCGCUCCCCUGCAGCUCCUCCUCCCAGCUAUAGCACCAGUCCACCAGCUCCUCCCCAGCUCGCCCAGCUCCUCCCCCAGUACGGUCAGGGGUCCCCAGUGGUCCCCUGGCCCGCCACACUCCACCCUAGCCCUGCCCCAGCUCCUCCUCCCAGCGAUCCCGCAACUGGCGCUACCCCUCCCCAGCCCCAGCCUGCUCCUCGAAGCUACCCACCAGCCCUGCCCCGCUCGUCCCCAACUCCUCCUCCCAGCUUUCUCCGACACCGCUCUGCUCCGCCGCAACCCCGCCUGGCCCCUCCACAGCUCCUGCUCCCAGGUUUCGCCCAGCCCCACACCCCUUUGGCCGCUCCUUCACAAACCUCCGCCAGUCCCUCCGUGCCCCUUCCCAGUUCCGCCCCGCUCGACCGCAGCUCUUCCUCCGCGCCGUCCACCAGCCACGCCCCACUCCUCCCCCCGUUUUGCCUUUCCGGGGUCCCCCUCCCUGCCCUACGACUCCGCAGGUCCUCACCCACAGUGGUCCCCCAACUCCUCCCAAGUCUCCACGUCCAGUUCCACCUCCCCAACGUAAUCCCGCUGCACCCCAGCUCAGCCGUCCCACUUUCCUUAGCUCCACCCGCCCCUCUCCAGCUCCUCCACUCAGCUCCGCCCCGCUACUCCCCAGGUCACCAUCCCCGGUGGUCCCCCAGCUUCUCCUGUGCCGCCUCCCCACGCUCCGCUUCCCCAGCGCUCCCCAGAUCCCCCCUGCACCUCCGCUGGCUACCCCUCCUCAGGCCCACCCUGCUCUUCGCACAGCUCCUCCUCCGCCAAAUCCCCCCCGCCCAGCUCAGUUCUAGCUCCCCCCCAGCUCUUUCUCACAGCCAGAGCCCACUCCUCUUGCAGGGACGCCCCAGCUACUCCCCGAAACCUGACUCACAGCUCCUCCCCCAGCUCCUUCCCACAGGCCGCCCGCCCGAAACCCUCCCCCGGCCCCGCCUCCGGUAG